GAGCACUGGGAGGCCAUUGUAGCUGGGGCAGCUCUGCGCGCCGGAGGAAGAGCGGCCGUGGCCCGCCAGCGCCGCGCCCCGUCCCGCCGGAGCCCGACCGAAGGGGAAGACGAUCUUGAAAACAUUACCAGGUCUUCAAGAGAGAAAACUACAUGACACUACACCAUGAGUGACAGUAAAUGUGACAGUCAGUUUUACAGUGUUCAAGUUGCAGAUUCAACAUUCACUGUACUAAAACGUUACCAGCAGUUGAAGCCUAUAGGAUCAGGGGCACAGGGCAUUGUUUGUGCUGCAUUUGAUACAGUCCUUGGAAUAAAUGUUGCUGUAAAGAAGCUGAGUCGUCCUUUUCAGAAUCAAACCCACGCAAAAAGAGCUUACAGAGAGCUUGUUCUUUUAAAAUGUGUCAAUCACAAAAAUAUAAUAAGUUUAUUAAAUGUGUUUACACCACAGAAGUCACUAGAAGAAUUUCAGGAUGUAUAUUUAGUUAUGGAGCUGAUGGAUGCAAAUUUGUGCCAGGUUAUUCAUAUGGAAUUGGAUCAUGAAAGAAUGUCUUACCUUCUUUACCAGAUGUUAUGUGGUAUCAAACAUCUCCACUCAGCUGGUAUCAUCCACAGAGAUUUGAAACCCAGCAACAUAGUAGUAAAAUCAGAUUGUACGCUCAAAAUCCUUGAUUUUGGACUGGCAAGAACAGCAUGUACUAACUUUAUGAUGACUCCGUAUGUAGUAACACGGUACUACAGAGCACCAGAGGUUAUCCUUGGAAUGGGAUAUAAAGAGAAUGUUGAUAUCUGGUCAGUUGGGUGCAUCAUGGGAGAAUUGGUGAAAGGUUGUGUGAUAUUCCAAGGCACUGAUCAUAUUGAUCAAUGGAAUAAAGUUAUUGAACAAUUAGGAACACCAUCAGCAGACUUCAUGAAGAAACUACAGCCUACAGUGAGGAAUUAUGUAGAAAACAGGCCAAAAUAUCCUGGUAUUAAAUUUGAAGAGCUCUUCCCAGACUGGAUAUUUCCAUCAGAAUCUGAUCGUGACAAGUUAAAAACCAGCCAAGCUAGAGAUUUAUUAUCAAAAAUGCUUGUAGUAGAUCCAGACAAGAGAAUUUCUGUAGAUGAAGCCUUGCGUCAUCCUUAUAUUACUGUCUGGUAUGAUCCAGCCGAAGCAGAAGCUCCUCCACCUCAGAUCUAUGAUGCACAAUUGGAAGAAAGAGAACAUGCAAUUGAAGAAUGGAAAGAAUUAAUAUACAAAGAAGUAAUGGAUUGGGAAGAAAGGAGCAAGAAUGGUGUGGUAAAAGAUCAGCCCUCAGAUGCAGCAGUGAAUAGCAACACCAGUCCUUCCCAGUCAUCAUCUAUCAAUGACAUUUCAUCCAUGUCAACAGAGCAAACAUUGGCCUCAGAUACAGACAGCAGCCUCGAUGCCUUGACAGGACCCCUUGAAGGAUGUCGAUGAUCAGCCAGGAUUGCAGACUUGACUUUGGGAAAGAACUCUUGCUUCCAUUGGGCCUGAAUUGCUUGUAAGUUAAUGGAACCAAGUAGAAAAACUCCAUGUUCUGCAUGUUCUGCUAAAGUAAUGCCCGUUUUUUUACUCAGUUGUUAUGAAAUUGCCUGCUUAAUGUUGUAGAAUGAAAGCAAAUUGAUGUCUAAAGAACAGAAAAAUUUCAAUUUAGACACUAUUAUAGGCUUUUCUUUGUUUCAGCCUAUUUCAGGUGAGCAGUUAUAAUAGACUUUUAGCCAAUAACUCCUCUUAAAUGGGUUCAUGAAUCUUGAGUCCUGACUGUCAGGCUUCUGUGCCACAAUGGUUGUUUACAUUUUAGUACAGUAUUGCUCUUAGUAGGUUUUUUGAAUGUAUAGUCUCUAUGAAGUUUGUUUUAAGGUGUGACUGUGACAGUUUGCUGUAUUUAACAACUGGAGUGUUGUAUGUAUGUGUGAACUGGCAUGUUGAACACUCUCAGUACUAUGUUUAAAGGGCAGUUAUUCUUCCAUGUAGCACUUUUUUUUAAUUGAGCCCUUCCUGUCUUCACUUUCCAAAGAUUCUGUCUGUCUUCUUGUAGAAGAGAGAAAUGUGAAGUGUAAAGAAUAUAGCCAUUACUUUGUAUUUUGGCUAUGAGUAUGUAUCUCUAACUGUUUUUCACUUUUUAAAAUGUGGAUGGAAGAUAACAGGGGCUCAACUAAACCUGUGAAGCAGUGCCUGUUUAGAAGAGGAGUGAGUGCUAGAAUGCUCUGUAUUUUCUAGCUUGUGAUCCUGGUCCAUUAACAAACAACCAAACAAACACAAAAGGCAAUUAUAUCUGUGAUGCUCUUCAUUCACUGCAAACCCUGGUGAAAGGACAGAUGAAUUGGAGAGACUUGUAGCCUCAAAAACAGCUGCAUGAAUGUUUUCCAUUUUUUAAAUGGGUCCAUUCUAUCUAGCAAGUAAUUAAAUAAAAAUACAGUAGUUUUAAGUCACUUGUAAAUUAAGUAUUUAGUUACAGAGCUUAGCUCUAUUCCCACCUUAGGAAAACCUCUCUAUUUGUAUUGGAGGAGGAAACUGUACUUAAUAUGUAUUUUCUAAAUAUAGUGUCAGAGGAGAUUAUUUGCUGCUUCAAUAAAGGCUUAUCAACACAGUUUUCAGAAUCGGAUAGUACAAACAUUGCCUGUUACAUUGCACAGUAUGCUGAAUUAGAAAAUGUGUUUGCAGUAGAGUAGGGCUGAAACUGCUUUGUACUCCACACUUGUGAGUUUGUGCACAUUCACUUUGGGAGUGCACAGGUGUGAGGUUUUCCUAAAAGAUCUUGUGUGUGCACAUGUGCAAGAUGAAACUGUAUAACUGUAAAGAGUAAUAGAGAUUUACAAGAUGAGGUAAACCACCACUUUCUUGAAGGCACUAUAUUUAGCUGUUGAUCCAGAUACUCUUGACUUGAAUAUAUAAAUAGAACAUAUAAAAUACAGCAGCCCAGCCAGCCACUGCAUUACUGACAUAUUUGUCUUGUAAAAGAAAAUUGUCCGAUGUUUUUGACUGUAGGAUUUGAAAAGCAGCAAUUUCUCUUUAUGCAAACAUUGCUUUUGUAAUGCAAUUGUACCCCUUUUUAAUAGCUUAUACUUGCUGUAGCAAAAAAAAAUUAAGGUUUUAUGGUCCCAGAAGGUAAAAAAAAAUUAAAAUGAAGAAGAUACAUAAUAUAAUCUUGAAUUCAGAAUUGUCAUCUGGAAUGUAGGGUUUUAAAAAUUGUUUUCAUUUGAAUUGCAAAUUGAUUUAAAUAUUGGGGCUUGGGGUUUUUUCCUGUUGUUUGGUUUGAAAUCUAUGGACACGUUAGUUUAUCUUUGGAUACUGACAGUACAUGUGAAAUAUUUUUAGUGUGUUUUUGUCACUGGAAAAAAACCCCAUUUUUAAAUACAUAUUUACUGUAUAGCAGAACAGUACAGAUUGUUGUUCUGCUGCAUUUUUUUAAUCCUUGUGAUUUGUGCAAGUUAAAAUUAUUGAAGACACGUAUUCAAAGUGAACGUGAGUGAUUCAUGAUGGAAGUGAUCUGCGGGUUUUCAUUUUUCCAGAUUUCUCCCUUUGUCAGCAGAAGUUGCACUGUGCACAUUUUAACAGUUAACUGCUUUAGGUGACUUAAUGCAAAAAAAGUCUGGGGGUUUUUUCGUGGAUUUUGGGUAUAUGCAGAGUUUAAAUUUUUUCCUACUGUACUUGGGCUGCUCUGAAUAGUGAGGGGUUGGAUCAGAUCAUAGAGUCAUAGAAUGGUAGGGUUAGAAGGGACCUUUUACAGAUCAUCUAGUCCAACCUCCCUGCAGAAGCAGGUUCACCUAGAUCAGGUCGCAUAGGAACAUGUCCAGGUGGGUCUUAAAGACCUCCAAGGAAGGAGGCUCCUCAACCCCCUCCAGAUCUCUUCCAACCUAAAUUAUUGUAUGAUUCAAAUUGUCUUCUAAUUUUUUUUAACAAAACUGUCUUAUCUCCAUGAUUUGAACUGGUGUUUGACCUUAUCCUGGUGAGGAACAAUAUGGAACAAAAACCUCACCAACCAGCCCUGAGAUUAACUGAGUCUAUUUGUAAAUCUUGUUGCAGGAAAAGCUGACUCAUACCUUUUUAUUUUUAAUUGUCAUCUUGCUGUGGGAUACAUUGAAGCUUCAGAAUUUUACAGAGGUGUUGUUGCCUUUGAAGCAUGCAUGAAAUGUCUGUGAAUAUCGUGGAUUUUGAUUCCAGUAUAAUUAAAACCCAAAUUGCUGAUAAGCUGAAUCAACAUCCAUGUGAAGAAGGCACGUGUGCAGAGCAUGCAGAGUAGAUGCAUGCUAAAGCUCCCAUGCUAUUUCAGUGUGCACAUAUAGACUAUAAAUGCACUGCAUGCGGAUUCUAGACAUAUAGUCCUAUUCCUGACUGCAGAGGAAGUUCAGUUCCACGUUUGUGGAAGGAUCGUCAGUGCUGUGAGAACCUCAUCACUGAUGCAGAACAAAAUGCACAUGUAACUUGCCAGGGGUUUAAAAGUUUAUAGUUUGGUGUGCAAUAUAAUCACGUUUAUUCCUAAUACUAAAAUCAUGUUUGUAAAGUGAUACAAUUGACCAUUUUUUGUUGCACUUUGGCAUUUAUAAAUAUUUAUAUGUAUUUAAAGAUUAAGAAUAUGUGAGUGUAUGUAUACAUAUACAUCUAUAUAUUAAGAAACCUCCUCAGUUUUGUAAACAUGAAUGUUACUUUUCUUUGAGAAACUUUGUAUAGUGUUAACACUACUGCAGUAUGCAUAAACAAAUGAUGAAAUAUAAAUAAAAAUACAUGGUGGUCAACAUAGACACAAUCUGUAAUCUUAACUGCUCACCUGAAAGAAAAAAAUAAAGGGAGAGGGGAAUCUAUGGCUAUCAAUCAGAUUAUUUACCACAAACAGGAUGUUAAAUAUAUGAACACUGAGUAGCUGAAUGGCAUUGCAGAAAUGGAGUAUGUUUUAAACAGUUCAUUUCAUCUGUACUCUUAUCAUAUUUCCUCAAAAAAACCCAAACGUUCAGAAAGAGAAGCUUGGUGUUUCGAAAUCUGGAUAAGCAGCCUGUUCAGUGUGCUCUGAGGAAAUACUGUGAUAUGACAAGUCUGGUUUUUAUAUUGAAAAAGACGAGAAAUGAAUGUCAAAACUAAGGCUUUGUCUGCAUGGAUCAUACAAAAUAAAUCAAUCUAAUGACUAGAAACAAGUGUUUGCAAACAGCCUGUGAAGGUUUGCAAUGUUUCCCUAAGGGUUUGCAUUUCCUUGUCAAAAUAAUGAAAAAUAAAUUCAGUCUUAACUAGAAAUUAACUAGUUGGUUGGUAGGUUUCAAAAAUGGUCAGGGAACAAGAAGGCUCCUGAGAUUUUCUUUGUCUGUUUAAAGUCCUGACAGAGCGUACAUUUUUACUCAAAAAGAGUUUAAAAAAGAAAAAAAUGAUGCCAUAUGUUUUAAUUUUUCUUUCCUAAAGGAAUUACCCGAAAUGGUAAAUAGGUUUCUUUUUUUAUAUCAGGUUGUACUUGGCUUAAAAUUACAAUUCAAUGAACGAAGUAGGAUUUAGGCAUUGACAACACAGCUGACACACCGAGUCUCCCAAGAACUGGGCGGAUGACCCUUCUUUUGGCAGAAGUGCAGUCCUCUAGUUUGGCAAUUCAGAUGCUGAAGUGCAGACAAAUCUUUAUGGAGCAUAAUGCUGGAUUUUGAGUGGAGGUUGAGUCUUGCAGCAAUUCAGUUGGUGGGGAGUGUUUCAUUUGAGCUGUGACACUUGGAAUGGAAGGGCUUUAAACAUGGUGGGGGGUAAAUGCCGAACAGCCUUUGUCUGUAUAUUCUACAUAUGCCAUAUGGAUUCUAUCAGGGCUUGAUGCUAAACUUAGUGAUACCAUAUACUGGGAACCAAAUUCUUUCCUGGGAUGUGUUUUGUGUAAUUCCUGCUCAAAACAGGUUUUGAUCCAGGGGACACCUGCACCCAGAUGCAGAAUUUGGACUUGAGUUCCUAUAGGUGAAUCUAAUGGUUUCCUUGUUUUUUCCAGAGUGUCUUUGAUUUUUUUUUUUUUAAAUAUGUUGAAAUAUGACAGAUAAAAAAAAGUGUAUUCUGGCUCAUUAUUUUACAUAUCUUUUAGAUUGUCUAUUACAAGAGUGAUAGUGAUGUUCUAAAAGCUUAGUACACAAUUUAUCAAACCGGUUUUAUUUUUUGCCCACUCUGCAUGCUAAAAAUGUCUGGAGCUAAAUUAAUGUUUUAAGUGUAAACCAUCUUUUCUCAUAGUAGUGUUGGAGGAAAGCAGAGGGAUAACCACAGUUUCUGUUUGUGUUCUAUAAAAUGACUAUUUUUGUAGCUUAAAACCUUAGCCGUUGGAUUUCAAUCCCACAGUGUUGCUUUGUGGAUAUAAAUAUACCCGGGUCCGCUAUUUCAAAUAGUAUCUGUAUAUCAAGUCCAAUACAAAAUUAAACUAAUAAAAUGCACUCUUCUGCAAUUUGUUACUGAAAAUAUGGCAAAUUAUUUUGGUCCAAGAAUUCAAAGCAAAAUAGAGAAAGUACAUUUAACUAUUUAAGUCUUUAUUCCUUGAUGCUGCUGCUGAUUUUUUUUGAGAAGGUGCUUGCAGUUUUGCACAAAAUAAAUCAACUUUAUUAAUUGCUGAGUUUGAAGCACUUUAGGAUUCUUCUAAAUACAACCGGUAUAUGGUUUAAAAAGGAAUGACGUAGAAGAUGUUUGAUGUGUUUCAGUUUCGGUUGCAGUCUUGUUCUGAUAGAUUUGAUCAGCACGUUCCUUUUAAAUACAAACCUGCUUUUGGAGAUUUUAAAUUAGAAAUCGUUUUUUAUGGGCUGAAAUGUAACACCAUAGUAAGAGAUCAUUUGAGAACUAUCUGUCCUCAAAUGCAUGUAGGGUGACUUGAAUAGCAAUGUGACUACCUGGCCAUCUAUGAUCCAAAGGUACAACAAAGAUACAACCGUGUGUGUUCCUACAGCAAGAUCAGCAAGCUAUGAGCACGAGCAUUCUGGUUUUUAAACAAAAAACCUUUUUAUUAACUUUUGGCUAUGCACAGUAAGGUAGUUGUAUGUGGUAAGGCUGGAGUAUCUGCUUGUUGGGACCCCACUGCAACAGGUGCUCUGGGAAUACCAGAGGAAAAGGCCGUCCCUGCCUGGAAAUACUGGAGCCCGAAACCCAGAUGUUUUCUAGGGUGUACUUAAGAAAGUACAUGUGUAUUUGCUUCCCAGGCUGGGUCUGUAGUUCGGGACUCCGUAGUUUCCUAGGAUAACAAAAGCAGAGAAUAAAGCAACUGGUUAAGAACACCAUUUUCUGUUCACUACCUGUAACAGUAGUUCUGUGUGUUACUGAUAACAAAGCUGAUUUAACACCCGUGAGCAUAUGUUGUAUUGUCUUCUAAUGGGGAAAAACUUUUUUGAACAAACAAGUGUCACUAGCUUUUCUAUGAAUUCAGAUGCCUAAAUUGGUGCUAAUUUUUGUAAAGACGAUGUAACAGAUGGUUAGCAGUGUAUUUGUCUGUUUUUGAUACCUAUAUUUUCUUAAAUGACGGCAAGCCAAACUUUAUAAAAUGACUAAUGUGCAUUUUCAGCUUCAUUAGACUCCCAGAUUUUCCCUAAGUAAAAUGUUUUGACUUCCAUGGUAGCUUCUGCUGCUUUGGAACUAUUGCUUUCAGAUAUGUUCUACACUAUACACUAAUUAAAUGAACACAAUUAGAGAGGAUAGCAAUACAUAACUACCCCAGACUUUAAAUUGCAUGAGGUAUUGGGUUCCCCAGGUGGUUUUAGCAGUUUAGUGUAGUCAAGUUACCUAAUUAAGAGCAAAUCAGAUACCUGUGUGUGGUGAACUCAGUACAGUGAAGCCUUACCUGGUUGUUAAUGUAAUUUCUAAAGAGUAUGCAAAUUGUCAUCUAUUUUAAAGAGGGAAUAGCAAAUAGAAAUAAUUAACUGUUUUCAUACAAAUUCAUAAGUUAAUUGCAGAGUAUAUAUUCUAUAGUAUACUCCAGAACACAUGCUACUAAAGGGUAUAAUAGGCUCCUUGAGUGAUUUGUUACAAAAUCCAGUUUUAUCUAGUGGCUCAAAAUAACCCCCUCCAAAAUUCAGUUCUUGGAGAAUUUAUUUUGAAAUGCCUUUGUGUUUUCACUCCCUUCAGAAUGCCUUGUAUAUCUUGGUUUGGCCCUCUUUCCCACCUCCUGUUUACUAAAUGUCACAAAAAGUAGCAUCAAGCCCUAUCACUUGAUACAGUGUUCUGAUUUUAUGGCCUUAAUAUCAGUUCUAGUAUGGUAUAUAAUUUCAGAAGAAAGAUGUACUUUGAAGUCUAAUUAUAUAGCUACACGUGGCCUCUUCUGCCUAUGAAAUUAGGCUUUGAUUGUCAUGUCUCGUUCUUGACGCUUGUGCAAUAGGAACAUGUUCCUUUCAGUGCAGUGGCUAUUUUCUCUGAUGCUGGACUUUGUUUUCAGGAUGACUAGAAAGUCUUUUGGGUUUAGGUGGUUGUUUUGGGGGUUUUUUUAUGGGUAGCAGUCAUGCUUCCUUGUUUUUAUGGAAUGAUUUUCUUUAAGGAAACUAGAAUUUCAUAAGGAAAACUGUCAAUAACUAGUUCUGAAAUUCUAGUUAAAGCCUUGUUCUGAAGCUUUUUGGGUUGUUUUUUAUUUCUCCAAAAACCUUAUCGUAAAACAGUACAAAAGCCACUGUAAA